AUGGCGUCUGGGGCGCGGGAAAGGAUUGGGAAGAAGAGAAGAAGGAAAAGGAUGUCUACAACAGAGGGUGCACUAGGUGAGGGAGAAAAUAGUGAGUCAGCGAAUCUCCUGAAAUGGAAUUCGGAUGAUGUUGGAUGGGAGUAUGGUGUUCUUGUUGAUCCUAACAACAAGGACAAGGUGAAGUGCAAGCUUUUGCAGGCCAUGGAGGCUAAACAGAAGUGCAAGAAAGCACUAGAUGAGGCAAAAAGAAAGAGGGAGGAGAAGACUAUUCGUGAGCUAGAACUUAGAGAGGAAGUUAGUGUAUCUAGGGUUGGAGAGUCAGAUGAAGUUACAUGUGUUGGAAGUUCAGAGCCCCACAAAUUAGGACCCAUUGACAAAUGGACACGUGCCAUUGAUCCUAAAGCUACCAAGUCUGAUUCUUUGAAGCAACAACAGCUGAACAAGGAACUUUGGAAAGAAAGAACCAAUGAGGUGCAUAAGUACAUUGCAAGAUGGGCCUAUACAUGUCAAGUCAUGUCGGACGCCUUUAUAUAUAUGACAAGCAUUGAGACCAUGACCAUGACAAGGCUGUGCCAAGGGUUGGUAGUUAGCGUUAGUUAUAUUUGCAUGGGAAUUGCUUUCAAUGCAUGUGAUAAUGAUGAGUUCAAGCAAAUGUGCGAAGCAAUUGGACAGUUUGGUCCAGGACUUGUACCUCCAACUCAGAAUGCACUGCGAGGGAAGUUGCUGGAAGAAGGAUAUGAAAGAACCAAGAGUUUGCUGCAGGAGCGUGAAGCCAAGAAGAUGAAAAAUGGAUGUUCUAUUAUGACUGAUGCUUGGUCAGAUAGGAAGAGGAGAAGCAUAAUGAAUCUGUGCACCAAUUGUGCUGAUGGAACCUCCUUCAUCAGCUCUAAGGAGAUGUCACAUGUCUCACAUACCAGUGAGGUCAUCUUUGAUCUUGUGGACAAAGCAAUUGAAGAGAUUGGUCCAGACAAUGUGGUGCAAGUAGUGACUGACAAUGCCUCUAACAACAUGGGAGCAAAGAGACUAUUGGAAGAGAAGAGACCACACAUAUUUUGGACCUCUUGUGCAGCUCACACAAUCAACCUUAUGCUCCAAGGAAUUGGCAACAUGACUCGGUUCAAGAAAGUGGUUGACCAAGCAAAGGCAUUUACCAUAUUUGUCUAUGGCCACACAAGGACAUUGGAGUGCUUGAGAUACUUCACAGAGGGGAAAGAGGUAGUGAGGCCAGGAGUGACUAGGUUUGCUUCAAACUUUCUCACUUUGAGUAGCAUGCAAGAGAAGAAGGACCAGUUAAGGAAGAUGGUGGUUCAUAGUAGGUGGGACUCAUUGAAGGAUGUGAAAUCAAAGAAAGGAAAAGAGGCAACAGCAACUAUAUUGAGUCCAAGCUUUUGGAAGGAUGUGAAGCUAACAUUGAUUGUUUUUGAGCCAUUGGUCAAAGUCCUCCGUUUGGUUGAUGGGGAUGUGAGGCCAUCCAUGGGUUUCCUUUAUGGAGAACUACUAAAGGCAAAGAGACAGAUCAAAGAGGCCUUUGGAAAUGUUGAGGCUCGGUUCAAGGAUGUAAUAGCUGUUAUUGACAAGAAGAUGAAUGGAAGACUUGAUUCUCCAUUGCAUUUGACAGCCUAUUUGUUGAAUCCUCACUAUAGCUAUAGUGAUCCAUCAAUCUUUGAUCAGCCCAAAAUAUCAGAAGGGUUUAUAGCUUGUGUUGAGAAAUUUUAUUAUCAUGAUGAGGACAUGCAGCAUCAGGCUGCCAACAUUGAACUAAAGAAAUUUCAGAAUAGAGAAGGACCCUUUAGCAAGAAGCUUGCUAAGAAUUUUGAAAACUUUGAUUACAACCCAGAGGUGUUUUUUUAUUUCAGCAUCAUGGUGGAGACUAUACACACUAAGAAGAGGAAUAGGAUUACUACAACCCGCCUCAACAAGCUGGUGUAUAUCCAAUUCAACUCCAAGCUGCUUAGUAAGAGAGAAAAGAUCAAGUCAAACAAAAUCACUGAUGUUCUCUUGUCUAGUGAUACAACUGAAGCUCAAGGUUUUCUCCAAGAGGGUGGGGAUGAUUGUGCAUUAGCUGACUUUAGAGAUGGGGAGGAAGAUGAGACGGAAGGUACCGGGAUACCUUGGUCUGUCAUUGGAGAGGCAGUGGGAGCAGAUGAACAGCUUGAGCUGCGUAGAAGUGCAAGAGUGAGGGAGCUCUAUGAAGGAGAAGAAUUUGAGUCUGAAGAAGAAGAGUAUGACGAUGAGGAUGUGAACUACAGUGAAAAAGAAAUAUGA